AUCUUUUGGAUUUAAACUGGACUGUAUUUUCGCAUAUUGUCGAGCUGUUUACGUGCUGAAACGGUUUUUUUAAACACGUUUCUGCCGGGUGCUGAUGAACAGGAAUGUGAAGCUGGCUUCGAUAAGUGAACUCAAAUGUUGUUGUUUUUUUAAGUGAAGCAGAGAGACUGUGAUGUCUGGAAGAUGUAUCUGCUUGUCCUGACUGCAGUCAUAUAAAACUGAAGAUUUGGGGUCGCAGAUAUGUUUGAUUCUCCGGUCGCUAGUGUUUCUUCGUUCAACAUCGACACAGUUUAGCGUUUAAAGGUGCGGAGUCGCUCGGCUUGUUCAGACAUGCUAACCGACGCCGUUUCGCCUGAGGAAAAUGCUUGGAGAGCUAAAAAAUAAACGAAAACCCUUUGCCGCAGUAAUAUUGUUUAGUUUUCUUUUUAAUUAAAAAUUAUAUAAUUUUCCUGUCAUUGAGUGAUUUGCACAGGUGUGGCCUUCAGUUGUUUUAUUUAUUUGCUUUAAUACAAACACGCCUUAAUACAGGUCUGUUGAGGUCUCAUUGUUUAGAUGCCUUCUUAUACUUGUGGCAGUGUAAAACUUUAUAUGUCUUAUUAAAGGGACACUCAAUGUCGUUUUUUUUUUACUUUUUAAUAGCUAUACCAUUAGAUAAAGAGGUGGCUGUGCUUAUUUCUGCUUUAUACUAUAGUUAUUAAUGUGUAAUUAUCAAUUAUAUCACCCUUUCCCCCCACACAUUCUGAAAUUGUUGUUAUGUUAUAACAUUUUAAUUUCCUUCUUUGUGCAUUAUAUAGUAGUAGUGCAGACAUGACCGCAGUUGUAGGGCGAGUUUGGGGGUGGGUCAGUCCAGCGAAUCUGUACUCCUCAUGGGGCAAUAAUGCCAAACCUGAGAAACCCACAACAACGGAGAUUCAGACUAGAAGCAGAUGGGGCUUAUGGGGACUUACUGCCUGGGUUUGGAGGGGCAAGAACACCAAAGAGGACCAAAAGACAAUCACUGAGGAAUUCUGGGAGGCAGAGGAGACUAUCAAGCCAUUGGACAUUGAAGAGCUGAGGGCUGAUGUUGAGAUUGAGAAAGCAGCCGCCCAAAGCCCCUCGCACUGGUGGAGCCGAAUGCUUCCAUCCAGAUACUUUUUCUGGCCCCGAUGGUCGGUGUCCUCCAUGCUCCGCCAGCAGAAAUGUGCCGGGUGGAGUGAAGGUACAUGGGACGGUGAUGUAGUCGAUGGGCAAUCAGACUAUGGGACACCCCCUCCGUCCCCCAUGCCACAGAAAUCUGCAUUCCAGUUCUUUUCUCACUCGUGGACGGGGGAAAUCAUGCCUGAGCACUACGAUAUUUGCUUUAAUUUCCUCCGCCACUUCUUUGACUUGUUUGUGGUGGGCUUCCUGACCACCGUAUCUCCUCCGACCAAGUUUACUUUGGACGUGCUGGGGGUGCAGGGCGCCCUGAAGCUGUGGCUCCAUGGGAUGGCCAUGUUUCUGGUGUCGUCUGUUGGGAUGGCCGGACUGCUGUGGGUGGUACAGGAGUACCUGCUGCUGUUUGCGCUGGUCUAUGGUAUCGUGCAAGCGCUGGUCAUCUCUGUCAGUGUACGCCAGAGUGAGGCUUCGGCAGAGGGGGAUGAUGGGAAAGCUGACGGAGAAGACAGAGAGAGCGAGGAGGAACAGAUUGACAUUUGGGAGCAGAAUGAGCCACAGCAGACAGCUGAUGAAAGCAAGAAAGGAGUUACACAAAGCAGCUGAUGUCCUGGGAAAAGUGUAUUUUGGAUUGUUGACAUGCUGAUCGUCCAGUACCCAAAUCUUCCACUGAGGAUUCGACCUCAUGAACGAUGGAAGAGCACCCUAAAUCUACCAGCAUCUCUUUAUUACCACCUGUGGAUUUUUUUUUGCUCACUUUAAAAUGUACUUUUAAUUUUUCCGAAAACUAUUUUUUACGUAACACAACAGCAGGAGAAGUGGACGAGUAAAACAAUAGAAUCUACAGCCACAGCGAUAAAACGACAUCUGCCAUCUACAAACCAUGAAGAAUCAUGUACAGAAAACUGAGCAUCCAGCAGUCACUGAUUGUCUGGGAGUUUCUGAAGGCUGAACCAGUCCAACCACAAUUUGUUUGUAACUAAACAUUACUUUUAUAUGGUGAUUAAUAGCUUUGCGACUCCACAAUGUAUGUGCCGCACAUCUGCAUGUGACACUUUACUGAACUCAUAGCUCAAUGUGGCCUUUAACUUCAUCUUUGGAUUGUUUGUAUCUGAUUGUUCACAUGUGCCCUUUCAUCUAAUGGGCUGAGUCCAUUAUAUCGCCCAUCCUUAAUUAGUCCAUUAUACCAAUCACAGGCAAACUUGCUGUUCUUUUUGAGUGCACUUAUAAAGGAACUAUUAUAUCACUUUUUUGCAUACAGCAAACCUACGCAUUGUUUUUCUGUACUUACGUUUUGGGUAUACGUCAUUAGAGCCAUUCUGUGUUUGUUGUGUAUUUAUGUAUACAGCAUGUCUAGAUUGAUUUCUUUCUUGAUUCAUUUCUGUUUGAGUUGCUUAUAUCUUUUGUGCCUCGAAAUAUAUGGCACUUUGGCUAGUUCACAGGGAAUUAUGGGCAAAGAAAUUAGAAGUAAUUUUGCACAAGUGCAUACUGACAGCCAAUGCUUAAUUGCACAUGCAUUUCUCUCGCUUGCAAGAAUAGCUUUCUCUUCCUGAAUGUGUUCAACGGCGUUUUAUCUAUGCAUGAAACUUGUGUCGUGAAUUACUUUUCCUUUGUGGUACUGGUUUAUACAUUUCUAAGUUGUUCAUGUCAGUUAUUUAAGCAUUAAAAUGUAGUGCUAGAAUUGUUUUCCCACAACCUUGACCAAUGUAAGAAUACGUGUGACCUUUGAAGGUUCUUUAAAAUGUGUUUUUACAUUUUUGCAAGCCCUGAGUCCAUUGAAGUGCAGGCCACUGCUGAAACCAGACAGCUGUGAAUAGAAAAGUCUGCUGUAGAGAGAAAUGGAUUGCAGCUCAAGGUUGUGAGAUCUGCAUCUACAGUUCUUAAGUGUUGCUCACUGCGUCUUUAAUUGUCCUUACAGCUAAAAUAAACAUAAUUUUCCCCAUU